UUUUGUAAACACAAGAAAGUGAUAAAAAUUUAAGUAGAAUGAUUAAUUUUCAAUUUUGUUUUUUAAUGUUUUAUUAUGAUCGAAUCGAAUGCGAAUGCGAAUGAAAAAUAAAAUAUUGUGAAUUUGAUCAUUGAAAUGAAGAAACUUUGAUAUGCUCAGCCUGACUGUAUUUUUAUGCAACGUAGAAUAUUUCAAUCAUUUCUGGGGUCGUGAACUAGGCGCAUGAAGUGUAGAUAUAGGUAAGGUACUGACUACCGAUAUUAUCGAAGCAUAUACUCGUAUUCGUAUGUAUUCAUAGGAUUGGCGAUGGCAAAUAAAGGCACCGAGUGGAUUACUACGGAUACAAAUAACGAAACCAAUCCGCUAUUUGACGCUUACAAUUUCGAUCGAUCCGCGUCAAGUAAUCGAUCUACCGUAGUGUUCGAUGUAGAAAAAGAAGACGAAGUGAUUUGCGUUGGUUCAACCUCAACGGUCUGUGACACUUCACAUUCGCCUACCUUUCGCCAUAUAGGACCUGGUACGUCCAAGAAAAAGGUAACGUUUGUCGAUGACGAUGAAGUUGAAUGGAUAUUGCCAGCUGAAGAUGGGUCAGCUUUUCGAGACGAUGAGUCGAAACCGAGCGUUGGUAAAUUCGAAGAUCAAAUGGGCGAUUGCGAUUACUCCUUACAGGUAGAACCUAACGACGACGAGGUAAAUGUAAUCGAUGUGGAACGAGAAUACUCGAUGAAAUCUUACGGUUUUCGUAAUUCAAAGAGCGUUCCCUUUGUCGACUACCACGAUGCGGAAAAUGAAAUCGGAUCUACAUGCGGCGAUUCUGACUCGCCUUCGGCGGUACAGAAUUCUGGCGAAAGCGAAAUCGUCAACUCAGAGGCGUUGACUUGUUCCGCGCCUGUCACCUUGCACGAUGAAAGUAUCCAAGAAUCAGAAAUAAGUGAUUACGAUGCCAGAAUGAGAGCUUAUUUCGGAUUAGAUUUUAGCAUAUCGAGCAUAGACACCGAAAGCGGCGCCACCAGUGAAUUGAAUCAAAGUUCUGGUAAAAUAUCGACGGAUGACGAGAAAAUGGAAUGCGAUUCCGGAGGCGUUGAAGUAAUCGAUGUCGAUGACGAUGACGAUGACGAUUCGGACGACCAAGACGACUGCGUGAUUACCAGCACUUAUUCGGAAACGAAACCGAAUUCGUCGUUAACAACUGUCGCCGCCGCUCUCGAUGAUAAAAAUUUUAAAAAAACUCGCAAAAAAAUAAUCACCGAAACGGUCGAUGAAAUAUUCAAACGUAUGAUGCCUUUAGCUGUUCCAGGAGCAUUAUCCCUAUUCGCUCCUGAGCGUAAUAAUUUGCCUGAAAAUGUGCGACCGUCGAAAUUUUGUUACCACUAUUUUAUAUCCUCGCAUAUCGUAGUUAAAGAAAUAACCAAACAAGAAUUUUACAAAUUUAAAGAGCAAAUUUUGAUUGCGAAAAAAAGAAACGCGCCCCCUCGAUGUAACUGUCUCUCGCACCCGCUCAAUCAAAGUGCGAAUAAACUAACGUUACUCACGAAUCCGUAUUCGUUGUAUCAUAAACCUACCUGUCAUUUCGCUCAGAAUUCCAAAUGUAACACGGCCAAACGAAAGGGUCCUCGUCGUUUAUCCUAUCAGGUAAGCUUCCAUCGCAUUCCUCAAAAACGCGAAGGAAAAGAUUUCAAAGAGUGGAGCGACAUUGUUCUGCGAAGACGGCAAAACGCUUCCGUUGUCGCCGGCAAUUCUACCCCUGCAGAUUGGUCAGACGGCGAGGAAAAAGUCAACUUGAUCCAGUACAACCGGCCAUCCUGUCAUAAAACUGAACCCAAUGAUCUCCAAACCAGGUCGUGAAGACCCGAAGAGCCGUUUUUUUCUUUUCUUUUUUUUUUUUUUCAAGUUCACGUACAUUCGCGUAGAACGUGCGUGGUAUUAAGCCUUACUUACUCUACCUACUUUUGUAUGUUCAAUCUUUCUUGUAUUACCUAUACCUACAUAUAAUGUUUGUGUUUAAAUUUUCUUGUCUGAAUAUUCUUAAUGAUUUUCGCAUUCGAUGUUAUUUCGUCAAAUUAUUUUCGUGUACCUAAUACCUAGUUCUUUUACGUUUAAAUGUAGCUUGUUGAUAAGUUUAUCGUUCUCCUUUGUAUAAUGGUUUAUUUAUUUAUUAUUAGGUAGUACUAACUUGUGGCAGUAUUAUUUAAAGAAAACGAAAACAAAUAAGUACUGAAAUAUACAAUUUACAAGUGAA